AUGAAAACCCGACAAUUAAGAAAAGCACUCACUGAAGAAGAAUUAAAGGAGUUUAAAGAAAUAUUCGACUUGGUGGACACAGAUGGAGGAGGCUCGAUUCAGAAAGAAGAAUUGAGACAGCUCAUGGAAACACUUGGUCUGAACCCCACCGAUGAGCAGUUGGAUGAAAUGAUGUUGGAAGUGGAUGCUGAUGGUUCAGGAGAUAUAGACUUCAGUGAGUUUGUGACAGUGAUGUCACGAACUGUUGAUGCAACAUAUACGAAGGAGGAAUUGGUGAGAGCAUUCAAGUUAUUUGAAAGUGAGGAAUAUGGGAGCGGAAUUGUAAAAGCAGAUGUUCUUGAGAAAGCCUUAGUAACGUAUGGAGAAAAUAUUUCACUUGAUAAAGCCGCUGAACUGUUGUCAAUUGUAGAUCCUGACAACUCUGGUAAAAUUAAUUAUAUGGAAUAUAUUAAUAUGAUGAUGAACAACGAGUAA